UUUCAGGAGGAAGUCCCUCCGGGGAACCCGUCAAGUGUCUCGAAUUUAGGUUUUGCCACGAGUCCCAGGGGCAAUUUUGUCCUCUCGGAUCAGACUUCAGAGACGAGCGAAGCCAGCUAGAGUUGGAAAGCUCCUGGAAGGCUGCAAAGCGAUCCGAGGGAAACACCUCGCUUCCUCCGAAAAGUUAAAGAGCCGUCUCGCUGGAGAGUCAGCAGUCAGGGCGUUUUAACUUGGAGGAGAGACGACGGCAUUUGAUCUCGGCACAUCCGUGAGAUUUGUGGGAUCACGUAGGAUUUCUAGGUUUUGGUGUAUUGGUGGAGUAGAUUUGUAUCGCUUGAUUUGUUAGCGGGCGCACCGAGGAAUUUGAAUGAUGGCGUCGUGAGUCUGAUGGAUUCUACCAGAAGCUGGUUUAGGAAGUUACAGCAAAGAGAGGGUAAAGUGAAGCCUGUUGUUUCGAAGAAAAAGGAAAUGGAGAGCAUGAUUGAUGCUCAGAAGCCCCCAAUAGAUGAGGCCCCUCCUUCGGAAAUAACAAAGCAGCGGGUUGCGGCUGCCAAGCAGUUUAUAGAGAAUCACUACAAGAAUCAGAUGAAGAGCUUGCAGGAACGAAAGGAGAGAAGGUGGAUCUUAGAGAAGAGGCUUGCUGAUGCGGACAUUUCGGAGGAAGAUCAGAACAAUCUAAUCAAAGAUUUAGAGAAGAAGGAAACUGAAUUGAUGCGUCUCCAGAGGCAUAAAAUGGGAGUUGAAGAUUUUGAGUUACUGACAAUUAUUGGACGUGGGGCUUUUGGAGAGGUAAGACUUUGUAGGGAGAAGGCCACUGGGCAUGUUUAUGCUAUGAAAAAGCUCGAGAAAUCUGAAAUGCUUCGUAGGGGACAGGUUGAACAUGUAAAAGCUGAAAGGAACCUUCUUGCAGAGGUUGAUAGUGAUUGCAUAGUCAAGCUUUACUAUUCUUUCCAGGAUGAUGAGUUUUUAUAUCUCAUAAUGGAAUAUCUUCCUGGUGGGGACAUGAUGACUUUGUUAAUGCGUAAAGAUACAUUGACAGAAGAAGAGGCCAGGUUUUAUGUUGGCCAAACUGUUUUGGCAAUCGAGUCAAUCCACAAACAUAAAUACAUUCAUAGGGAUAUUAAGCCUGACAACUUGCUACUUGACAGAGAUGGCCAUAUGAAACUAUCAGAUUUUGGACUGUGCAAACCCUUAGAUUGCAGCAACUUUCCUAAUUUAAGCGAACCUGACUGUACAUCUGGUGCUAUUUCCAAGCCCAUUUUAGAUGGUGAGAAGACUUUUAACAGCAUCCCUGUUGCACAGAGAACCCAACAAGAGCAAUUAUUGCACUGGCAAAAGAACAGGAGAAUGUUGGCGUACUCAACUGUUGGAACUCCUGAUUACAUUGCUCCAGAAGUGCUUUUGAAGAAAGGAUAUGGUAUGGAGUGUGAUUGGUGGUCACUCGGAGCAAUCAUGUAUGAAAUGCUUGUGGGCUACCCUCCCUUUUAUUCUGAAGAACCAAUGUCAACCUGCAGAAAGAUAGUUAAUUGGAAAACUCACUUAAAAUUUCCGGUGGAGGCAAAACUAUCCCCUCAAGCUAAAGAUCUAAUUACCAAGUUGCUAUGUAAUGUGGAGAAGAGGCUCGGAACCAGAGGAGCCCAUGAAAUAAAGGCACACGCUUGGUUUAAGGAUAUUAACUGGGACCGGCUUUAUCUGAUGGAAGCUGCUUUUAAGCCGGAGGUUAAUGAUGAGUUGGAUACUCAGAACUUUGAGAAAUUUGAAGAGGCGACAGCUUCAUUGCAAACUUCUUCAAAGUCUGGUCCUUGGAGAAAGAUGCUUCCAUCCAAGGAUGUGAAUUUCGUUGGUUAUACGUACAAGAACUACGACAUUGUUAAUGAUUAUGGACUUCCCGGCAUCGCUGAGUUGAAGAAAAAAAGUAACAAGCCGAAGAGGCCCUCAAUCAAAACCUUAUUUGAAACGGAAUCUCCUACCAGCCAGCCCAUGCAUGGGAGCUUUCUCAAUCUUCUGCCUCCACAGCUGGAGGUUUCUGAAAGCCCAGACGCAUCACCUUCACGAACUCCACCCAAUUCUAGCAAGCCAUCGUGAUUUGAAACUCUAAAUCUCCACUAAGAUAACAAUUUUUCACUUAACAUGUUUAUAAUCAUAGUAAAAGUUUAGAAGCGUGACAAAGGAUCGCAGAAUAAUGGUGGAAUCCUUCCUCCUUCCUUCCCAUACGACUUCUGUGUAUUAGUUUAUGCACGCCCCUCACUUAAAUUAAUUAAAAGUGGGGUACCAGCUUUUCUUAGUUUGGUCUUUACGCUGUACUCUGUCGAGUGCUGCUGUGGUGUUCCUCUGAGUCUGUUUGGCCUGUGAGCCAUAUAAACUGAUUUGUGCUUGAUCAUUUAUGUUCAAGAUGAAUAUGUAAAAUUGCUGUAAAUUUAACUUCAAUUUUGUUAAUCCAACAUGUCUGCUUCACUCAGCUAUUCGG